CAUACCUUACAAAAAACCAACCAAAAUAGAGGAAGUACCCAAGCCCCGGUCAAGCAAAUCUAUUUGCAUUACCUUCAUAGAUUCCAAUAUAAGCAGCAUAGACAUAUAAUGCAAUAUUGACCGCUUUGCCUUUUUUUUUUGGGUCGAAAAGAAUUUUUUUAUUCAACCAAGUAAGCAGCAUGUACAACUAGCUCAAUUUGACUCUAGAGCUAGAUCAGCAAAAAUAACCAAAACACUAACUCUACACCGCUUUGCUUUAUACAUUAUCAUAUGCUUCAAGAAAUCAAGAAAUUAUCUCAACUUAAACUUAGUUCUGCCCCUAGAUAUCUUUAUUUUCAACCAUAAGGCAUCAAUAUGGACUCAACCUACAGCAUCCCUACCCGUAACCAUAUCCCCACAAAAACUCCUGAUUCUGAAAAGGAUUUCCCACCCUAUCCUCAAGUACCCCUUAAGCCUUUGUCCUUCACCAACGUGACAUCCAAGAAGCACCACCAAGUGCACAAUCACCAACCACCGUCUGCGGCGGUGACUUACAAGGAAUGCUUGAAGAACCACGCAGCCAGCAUAGGUGGAUACACCGUGGACGGUUGUGGUGAAUUCAUCCCAACGCCAGAUGCCAUUGCCGCUGAUCCCACUUCGCUAAAAUGCGAUGUCUGUGGCUGCCACCGCAACUUCCACCGCCGAGAACGUGAUGAUGAUUUUAUGGACUUCCGUCACCAUCAUGCGCAAGUGGCGACGCCUGCCACGCCCACAGCACUAAAGCCAGAGAAGCCAAGAAGAAGAAGACGGUUUAGGACAAAAUUCAGCCAGGAACAGAAAAAUAGGAUGUAUUCUUUCUCUGAAAAGUUGGGUUGGAAAUUGCAGAAGUGUGAUGAAGCUAUGGUCGAGGAGUUUUGCAAUGAAAUAGGGGUUGGUAAAGGAGUUUUCAGAGUUUGGAUGCACAAUAACAAGAGCACUUUGGGAAAAAAAGGAUUUCCAAAAUGCCAACAACAGUACCAGACCGUACCCUACAACAACAAACAGUAAACCUUGACGAUAGUACUGGACCAGAUAGCAUUGAAAAUAAUGGCUUCAACAUCAAGUAAUGGCGCCAGCAGCAAUCAUGAAGGCAAUAAGAAUGGCAGUCGUCAUUUCAAUGAGAAGAUUAGUUUCCUUCAUAUUUCCACUAAUGGGUCUUCUUCUUCAGCUUGAUUUAUUUUGUAAGAAAAAGUUAGUUUCUUAAUUCGUUUUUGUGUUUUCAACGCUUGCAACUUUUAAAUGUCCGUGCCCAUGAAGCCAAGUAAUAAAUAUCAAAAUUUUGUAUUAA